UACAAAACAUGGGGUUUUUGUGUCGACAUACGCAUUACAAUAUUCUGAUCAAGUUUUAAAUGAAUAUUCAACGAAAUGAAAAGUGUGUUUUUGUUUCAAGUUCGGCAGUAGCCCAAAGCAUUUAUCUGUCAAAAAUCAACAUUUACGGUGUACAAAUUUUCGGCAGCAUUUAAAGUGAAUAAUUACUUGUUUUUAGUGAUUUUAAAAUUCCAAGUGGGCUAGUAUAAAAUCUGCAACCAUAGAAUAUUUCAUAAAAACUAUACUUUUAUUGUUUUGGUGCUCUGAUUCUGUUAAUAAUGAAACCUGCCGAACUAUUGGCUAACAGCAAAUUCACCGAAACAUGUUGAACUCUGCACAUAUUGUUUGAUAUUUUGAAAAAUAUGCAUGGAAAUGUUGUGAAACUUCGUAUAUGAAUACCAAAUGAGCAUAUCUCUAUGAAAAAAAAAUAUGUAUUGAUACAAUUUUCAACGCGUUUUUGCGAAAUUACACGUUUUUAGUUACCCUGCCGAAAACAGGUACACUGCCGAAUACUGGUACAGUUACCCCAUUGCCCGAUCAUAAAACUACAACGAUAUUUUGUUUCAUAUUCCGAACAGUUCGAGCUCAUGUUUCAAAUUACGGACGAUUUGAUUCAUAAUACGGACAGCCUCAAAAUUCUUUUUGUAACCUUCAAAUUUACACACAAAUUAAAACUUUUUAGUUUUUAACUUGUUUUAAGGUUUGGACACUUGAUUCUGGAUGUUGGAUGUUCUCCUGGACCAACAUAACGGCGGUCUUAAGUAUAACGGGGUUCGGGUGCUGUUUUUCUCUUGCACUCGUAGAUGAAUAGAACCGAAGAACUACUACGCGAAUUUCCCGUUCGGCCAUCAAUGCAUUUGGUUAAGAUGUGACGGAUGGUAAUGUCGACGCCACAGAAAAAUUAGACGUUCUGAACUUACGGAAUAGCUACUAUUAACACUCUGGGCGCUAGCAUUUUGCAUCAGCUUUCUGCAGAGAAAACAGUACAAGAUAAGAGAGCGAUGAGAGCGUUUCAUUGGCUUACGAUCGUUCACUCUUUUUCCGAUCCUCACAUACGAUGCCACUUCUGCAAUAUGCGCUCUCUCUUUCUUCCCGCUGCAAUGCGCUCUGCUGAGAGUUGCUGAGAGACCAAUCACAGAGAAGAGGAGUGAACAAAGCUGUGAUUCCAAAGCGAGCCACACAGCGCCCAGAGUGUUAAAUGUCACGACAUGUUCAUAUGAUAUAUGGAUCCGAGUCUCCCAUCCACAGGGCUCACUGUCACGGCUUAUUAUUGACCCGUGCCCCACCUUCUGCAAGAAUAUAUGAGCACCAAGCAAUCAUGUAUGUGCCAAAUGCUAAUGAAAACAAUUGCACUAACUUCAUUCUAACAAAGUUGAUUUAGCAUUUUCCCAUAUAUAAAAGAAACCCUGACCUAGAAAUGUCCUUAUUCCGUGUAUGUUAUUGUCCCAUUACUUUUUCCUAUAAGAGUUGCUGUUCAUUUCAGAGUUUCAGUUCAGUUUAGUUGUAAUGCCAGUGCUGAACCAUAAGAUAAUUUUUCCCGCAAAAUAUACUUUCAAUGGAUGAAGAUGAUAGGUCUGAUAUUUCUCAUUUUUUCUUUUUAAUCGGAGCACCUCCGUUACUUCUAAAUUGUAGUUCACUUUGAGCUCAUCUGCUAUGUCUUCUAUUUCUUCUAAGCACUAGACCGCGGAUAACCGCUUUGAAAGGACGAUAAUUCAAGUCGUGGGUGAAAAAUUUCAUUUUUUCCCUUCUAGUAAGCUUAUCUAUCAAAUCUUUGGCAAAUAUCUUUGUACCAAUUCCGCUAAGUUGGUACUCUACGUACAGUCUUCUCGAUUGCAACUCCGGGCGUAGGGAGGCAAGGGGCAUUGAUUUGACCAUUAUUGGUGGGAGUUUAGCAUUAGGCUUGCUGGUGUGUCUAGUGGGGGCUGACGUAGAGGCUUUUACGUUUACAUCCACUUGGAUUUUUUACGCAUGUCUACGCCCCUUUGCCCGAACUUAUUCGGAGUAAAUUCGUCAGUUUCUGUACUUACUGUUUCGUGAUAUGCAUCUUGCGUUUCCAUUCUUUCUCGCUUCGAUUCGUUGGAAUUUUGGCUGUUCGAACGCUAUCGUUCUUGUUGAUUCUUCGAGCACCGCGGCACACACACACUAUCAUAGGUCAAUUGUCGUCGUUUCACAAUUUGUCGCACGCUCAGAAAACACGUCUGUUCAGCUCCGCAGACCACACGCGACUUUCAAUGUAUUUGUUCAUUUACUAUAGCUAGAAAUGAUCUUAAAAUGGACAAUACGGCCUGUUUUGACCAUUCCUACUGAAAUAAAAAUAUUUGCAGGAAUAUCCACGAAACCAUUUGUAGCAUUUCUGCUACUAUGGCGCCUUUACCCUUUUACACUUUACGCCUAAAUGUAUGCCGUUUUAUGAGUAAAGUGUAAGUAGGUCGUAAAUUGACCUGGAAAUGAGAACGAUCUGCGGUGGUGCCCCGGCUGUCAACCGAGCAGAGUGCGUGAGAGAUGUUUGGUGAAGCGUUAUCGCUAAAUGAAUUGAAGGGACUUAAAUGAAUUAAUGUAAGAUACUGUUUUGAGAGCAUUAUUCAUACUAAAUAAAGCUGGCGAAUUUACACACACUCACGGAUUCGAGUAACCAGGAAUGCUACGAACGUUUCUUAAUUUAACUUAUGACAAUCUGUUUCUAUAAUCGAAGCAAAUCUUAAUUAACGCUUCGUUCGUAGCGGCGAGAGCUACGCUGAAAGUGAAGAUAGGAAAAAAGAAAGUGAUGAUAGAGCAUUAUGAAACUCAUCUCCGUAAAACCAUCGUCUGCUAAAAUUUCAAAUAUUCAAAUGUUAUCAAGCUUAUAUCAUCAUGCACAAAACCGGUUUAAAUAUCGCACAAAAUAACACUCCUAUUCAACAAAACGUUAGACAAUUCAGUCAGUCUUGGUUUUACCUUUCCUUGAAGAUGUCUGCGUACAUUUCUGUGGUUGUUAGUGCUUUUAUUUUAGUUUUAACUGUAUACUGUACCGAUACUGCAUGGUGUACUAGUUUGGAAAGUGAAUCAAUUUAUGGUUUGCAAGAAAAUGUAAUCAAACGACACAAGAGACAGGAAGUGUCAUGGAUAGAUCUGUUUGCUCCAGACCGUGACUUAUUAAUAGAGAAUCCACACGUAGUGUAUGUUUGGGAAGAAGAAAAAGCAGUCAGUCUUGGUGCUCUAAUUUCGCUUAAUUAUGUUAUUACAACUGCCAACUACAAACCAUUUGGUGGCAUUGUGUACGUAAUGGUCCGUGGAGAGAAGUUUAAAGUCGUCAAUGAGAUUAUUCACCCUGAGUACAGAUCGCCGGCAAAUAAUGAAGAUGUUCAGAAUUAUAAUAUUGCAUUAUUGAAGCUGCAAAAAAACGUCAAAAUACUAAUCAAUGUUUUACCGGCGUGUCUAUGGAUGGAAGAUAAAUUUAGUUUCUCUAAGGAAAUUGUGACUGGAUACGAGCUUCGGCAAACAACUCCAUAUUUAUCAAAGAGCACCCCGGCGACAGCGAUGAAUAUUUCAAAUUGCAAACCUUUUCUAACAAACCUGAAUGUAUCAAACAUUGCUGACCAUCAUUUGUGCAUCUUUCACGAACCCAAUCAGCCAUGGUUAUGGAACGGUGGACUAUUGCACGUGGAUUUCAUAUACGCUAACCGUUUUGUUCCAUACAUUAUUGGAAUUGAUUCAAUUAAAGUAAAUAAAAGCCAUAAACCUGAUGUAUUCUUACAAAUAUCUAAAUUUGGUGACUGGAUAACCAAAACCAUGCGCGAUGAAGGCGAAGACAUAUCGUUUGAUCCAUUGAUGUGUGCCAAACGUCAUUUACAAAAUCGUCGUCAAAUUAAUAGCACGGAACUAAAUGUGCCUAACAAAUCCAUUCGUUAUGCAGUAUCCAUUCAACCCAGUCCGGAUGGACAUCAACCAAAGAAAUGCGCUGGAAUUUUGCUAGAAAAGGAUAUUGUGGUCACAUUGGCACAAUGUGCAAGCAAUUUAAUGUCUUAUUAUUCCAGAGUGGUUUUUGUCGAUCGAUCGUCCAUUACCAUUCGGGAUAUCAUUAUACAUCCAAACUACACGGCGAAUUCCCUGUACAAUAAUAUCGCAGUCUUAAAGCUUGUGUCCGAAGCAUCUUUUAUUCCGGCAAAAAUUUUGAAUGUUUUCAAAAAUGACGGAGAGGUCAUAUUGUACGCUGGUACAAAUAUCACCGAUAAUGAAACUAAAGAUGUUGAGUACUUACUUAUCAGAGGACUGACAGUACUUUUAAAUAUUCAGUUUAAUCCGACUGAGGAGCAACGUGCCCGACUUUCAAAAGGAUUGCAACUAGAGCAUUUAUGUCUUCGAAACGAGAAUUCCAUCGUUCCAGGGAGCUGCGCGUUAGUUCUAGGAUCACCUGUGGAAUAUUGGAAUGCAUCAAAAUACUUAUUAGGGUUAUAUAUGAAUGGAGAAAACUGUGGCUUCGGAGAACCAAUAAUAGUACUUUAUGUAAAUUCACACUAUACCUGGAUACGAUCGGUUAUAGAAAAAGCAAAAGAGUCAAUUACGUUCGUCGCUCCGUUCUUAAAACCAUCCGACAAUUGCUGGUAUCCAGAUGGUACGAAUGGUACAUGCAUUAGCCCAACGAGUUGUUCCAAAUUGCGACAUCGUAUAGAAACCAAUUUACCAAUAUUUUAUUGCCAGACCAGAGAAUUCGUUUGUUGUCCACCUGAUACCGAAAUGCAACUGGGAGUUGAAAAUGACGAUAUUUCUUUUGCUUUCUAUCGGGCGUAGUCAAACUCGUGCAAUUGAAUAUGACAAAACUUAAAAUAAAAUCGAAAUACUGCUGACAAGGUUUCCCAUGGGUAUGGGUUGUUUCUAAAAAAAAAUGCUUCUAUAUGUUUUUAUCACGAUUUAUAUCACUUGUUGCGCGUUGCCAACCUUGAACCAACCAAAAAUAUAGGGGAAUGUGGAGCAAAAUGGUUCUGUGAGGUAAAAUGGACAGCUAAAUUAUUGGCAAAUUAACAUGGUGUUGAGAUCUUUUGGUAGUAAGGUGUCCUUCUUCUAUUUGGCGUAACGUCUUACGCGGACAUACCGGCCUAUACAGGCUUUCGAGACUUAAUUCAUUACCACGUAGUCGGAUAGUCAAUCCUUGCUACGGGGGGACGGUCCAUUCUAGGCUCGAACCCAUGAAAGUGUCCAACGACCUGUAAUAAACAGAAGGUAUCCGAAGAUAAGCCAAAAACCCCGAACCAAUAGGAGCCGAACUGAUCGGAAAAGGCAUACAUUAGUUUAAGGAGCUUAAGGAGCAGACUUUUUCAUGAUUUUGUAUGAACUCGGCUGUUUUGGACCUCACGUGUGGAUAUAGGUAAUGAGUCUAGAAAGUCUGUAAAGGCCGACAUUACCGCGUAGGUCGUUUCACGAAUAAGAAAAAAAGAUCUGCUAUUCAUAUUGUACAGAAAUUAUCAGAACACACAAUAUCAAAUAUACCGUGGCUCACUUAAUCGAAGGUCAGUACCUUCGGCAUAAAAUUUUCUUGUUAUGUCUGUCAAAUUUAAUAGGUUUGACUUAACUUGUCCUUCAUGUGACCAUUUUAUUUUUCUGUUGCCUGAUUUAUUUGUUAAAGAUUCAUUAAAUAUAGAAGAGGUGUUUGAGUAUGAAUUUUAUCAUAUUUUAAGGAAACAAUGCUAAACAAAUGAAGGCAGCUUGAAAUGCUCAAAAUGACCCAUUUGAUUUUCUGUUUCCAGCCAACACGUUGAAAUAUCAUAUUUCAAUCAUAUAUUGGAUUUAAUCCAUUUGACAAUUACGUUCCACCAUAUUGGAUUUCAACAUUUGUGUACGAAUAUAGAUACAUUUGAAAAUCGUUUUGUUGUCUUUUUUCUAUUUGAAAUUCAUUGUAGUACUUUUAGAAACUUUUCAUUCAUCAAUCAAAUUAAUCAAUCGAAUCAGGUUUUCGAAAUUUAAAAUAAAAUGUUUUUACAAAAAACCAGUCAAUCAUAAGAUAACAUGAUCGAGCUUGUGAUGAUUCGGCGUUUGCUUACAUAUUUUUCAUGCUGAAGUAAUAAUCUAGGCUGACAUAAAAAUUUUAAAGAAUAAAUAACCACCUCAAAUGUGAUAUUUUUUGAUAAUUUAAUCAUACGUAUACCAACGACUGUUUGACUUCGAAUUGUGGGUUUUUCGAUAUAUCGAUGUUUAGAAAGAUUUUCUAUGGAAUGCCAAUGAUUGUAAAAAGUUGGUACAUUCGACACAAUCAAUUCUAGGAAAACCAUAUUACACCAUUAUAACACACUCGUCAAAUCAGAUCACACAACAGCAACAAACCCGGAAUACUUCAAAGCAAGCCUUGGUGGUUUGCUUCAUUCCAGUGAUCACUCGUGGUAUUGUUCGCACAGUAAAGUGGACUGAACGCGUGCGCAUUCAACAUAAAAUGUCAGUGGCUGCAUUGGCGGUCGUCAACGGAGGAUUGGCAUCGGCGAAUUGACUUUUUGAAACAUUUAAUGCUGAAUGUUUAAUUGAAAUUAUGUACUUGAAAUGAGCUAUAAGUUAAAAAAAAUGAUAUGCACUAAUUUUAACUCUAUUCAAGCUAGUUCUGUUAAUGCGGAUGUUGGAAAACAAUGUUGCUGUCCACGCUAGAAACAGAUGUGUUGUUUUUCGCUCAGUUCAGACAACGGUGUUUAGUGAAUCUUUCUCGGAAUUCACUCUAGCUAGAUCCAUACUCGUGCGGAACACCCAGCUGUUGUG